AUGAAGGAGGUGAUGGAGGAGGUAAUGGAGGAGGUAAUGGAGGAGGUGAUGGAGGAGGUGAUGGAGGAGGUGAUGGAGGAGGUGAUGGAGGAGGUGAUGGAGGAGGUGAUGGAGGAGGUGAUGGAGGAGGUGAUGGAGGAGGUGAUGGAGGAGGUGAUGGAGGAGGUGAUGGAGGAGGUGAUGGAGGAGGUGAUGGAGGAGGUGAUGGAGGAGGUGAUGGAGGAGGUGAUGGAGGAGGUAUGGAGGAGGUGA